AACCCGUCCAGAUUGCAAUUGAAAGGAAUUGAAUUGUGGUCAUUGGUACAAAGUUUAAUAUCUAUUAUUACCAUUCACCACCGGACCAAUUAAGGAUAAAUUGUGUACUUGGUUAUUGCUAGGAUGCUUCCUUGUUUACUUUCUGCACACGUUUUCUCCCGCUCUCAAUUUGACCAAUUCUAGUCUUUUGUAAGACUUUCUGCACUUUGUACUGAGUUGUCAUCAUCACCCUCUUCUUCUUCUUCAUCAUCUUCCACUUCUAACAUUAACAAAAUUACUAAUAAUACAAAUAUGGAAGAUGAUGAAUCACCACAACUCAAAAGUGUUGUUAUAAUUUCUCUUCCACCUUCAAAUAACCCUUCUUUAGGUAAAAAAAUCACCGCUUUUACUUUCUAUAACCCUUUUUCCCGACAACCUCAACCCCAACAACAACAACAACCUCAAAACAAUGAUGUUUCAUUCCAAUCCUUCCCAUCAAAUCCUCAGAAUCUGUUUUCAUUCAGAAGACUCUUUCACAGUAACCCAAUAAAGCUUUUCACUUUCUUUGGGGUUUUUCUCUUUGCCCUUUUUCUCUAUGGUUCUCUUUAUUCAACUGAAACAACACUUGAACUAAAUCGUCUCAAGAAUAAUGAUGGUGAUGAUGAACCUAGUUCCUUUCUGUUUCCCUUGUUUCCAAAACAUGGUGUUGUUGGUCACAGGGAUUUGAAGCUUGUUGAUGUUAAAAGAAGGAACUUUGUUGCUUCUAAUUCUAGGGUUGUGGCUGUUGAUUCAUCAUCUACUGUUUUUCCAAUCAGUGGCAAUGUUUAUCCAGAUGGGUUGUAUUACACACAUUUACGUGUCGGUAACCCUCCAAAACGUUAUUUUGUUGAUGUGGAUACUGGGAGUGACUUAACUUGGAUUCAAUGUGAUGCUCCAUGCAGAAGUUGCGCGAAGGGAGCAAAUGCACCAUACAAGCCAACAAGAUCAAAUAUAGUUCCAUCUAUAGACUCUCUCUGCUUGGAAGUUCAAAAGAAUGAAUAUCACGAAAGUUUCCAACAGUGUGACUACGAAGUUAAAUAUGCAGACCAUAGUUCUUCCUUAGGAGUUCUUAUUAAAGAUGAGCUUCAUCUUAUGAGCACUAAUGGAUCCAAAACCAAGUUAAAUUUUGUUUUCGGGUGUGGAUAUGAUCAAGAGGGCUCUCUUUUGAACUCAUUGGCAAAAACAGAUGGAAUCAUGGGACUGAGCAAGGGGAAAGUUGGCCUACCUUAUCAGUUGGCAAGUAAAGGGAUUAUUAAGAACGUCGUUGGUCAUUGCUUAGGCAAUGACAGAGUUGGUGGUGGAUACAUGUUCUUAGGUGAUGAUUUUGUACCUUAUUGGGGUAUGACUUGGGUGCCUAUGGUCCAGACCACAGAUUUAUACCAAACUGAGAUUCUUGGAGUAAAUUACGGAAAUCGUCAACUCAGUUUUGAAGGACACAACAAAGUAGGAAAGGUGGUUUUCGAUAGUGGCAGUUCUUAUACGUAUUUCCCCAAAAAGGUGUACCAGGACCUUAUUGCUUCGCUUAAAGAAGUUUCUGGGUUAGGACUCAUUCAAGAUGAUUCUGAUACAACUUUGCCGAUUUGUUGGCAAGCUAAUUUCCCAAUCAGAUCUGUCAAAGAUGUCAAGGAUUACUUCAAGACAUUAACACUUCGUUUCGGAAACAAAUGGUGGAUUUUGUCCACAUUGUUUCGGAUACCGCCGGAGGGUUACUUGGUCAUUAGUAACAAAGGCAAUGUUUGUUUAUCUAUUCUUGAUGGUAGCAAUGUACAUGAUGGAUCCUCAAUUAUACUUGGAGAUAUUUCAUUGCGAGAAUAUUUGGUUGUGUAUGACAAUGUGAACAAGAAUAUUGGUUGGGAGCAAACCAAAUGUAGCAUGCCAAGUAGAAUAUUGAAGAAGACUCACAAUUUCUUAAGUGAUAGUAUAUUAUGAUUCUCACCAAAAUCUUAAAUGUCAUUCAGGGGUAAAAUAGUCUAUGUAUAGGUACAACCAAAAUAUAGGAAUUUGGACUAAUAAUGAGUUAAUAUCAUAUUAUUAUUAGUUUAUUUUUUUUAGUUUCAAAUAGUCUAGUAGCAAAACUCGAUGUAAAUUUAUGGAGAGAAUAAGAGUAUUGUGGAUUCACACUUGCGUCCCAGCAUAUAAAAUGUUCCCACGACCAUUUACCCUU